AUGGACCAUCAAGACUCCAUCAUCCACCAUCAUCCCGCAGGUCUUCAUUCGGAGCCCCAACACCGGCUGCCAUGGCGCAAUUUCAUCAAACUCAUCCUGAUUGGCUGCGCCAUGACCACCAUCACCAACUUCCCGUCCGCCUUCACGCACACCUCGGUGAACACGGCCGUCAAGGAGCUGAAGGGCUACCUGAACGAGAGCUUCGAUGAGCGCGGCUGGGAGCUGAACCGCGAGCAGCAGAGCGUCGUGCACGGCGUCGUGAACUCGUGCUGGUUCGCCGGCCAGGUCAUCGGCUCCUUCUUCUCGCCGCUGGUCACGGACAAGUACGGCCGCAAACGUAAGUUUUGAGGGGUUUUUUGAUUUUUUUAUUUUGAAAAAAAAAAUUUUUGACAAGAAAAGUACUUCUGUGGGUAUGGAGGUACAGGUCGAGACAUAUAUCAAAAAAUUUGCAAAAUUUUUCUGAUUCAGAAUAUGUAAAAGUUAGCUGCCUAAUUUUGGUUUGUAAGGGUGAAAAAAUCCUCUGAACUUUUCUCGCAACACCACGCAAAUGCCUUUUGGAACAAGUUUUUACCAAAUCAAAAGGUUUGUUUUGAGCUAAGGUAAACCCUGGCAUCUUGACAAGCCUUGAAAUAGCAAAUUUGAUUCAUACUGCACCUUAAUUUGUAGUUCCAAUGUAAAAAAGGCGCAUUUUCAUGGUGUUGCGAGAAAAGUUCUGAGGAUUUUUUCACCCUUACAAACCAAAAUUAGGCAGCUAACCUUUGCAUGUUCUGAAUCAGAAAAAUUUUGCAAUUUUUGAUGCAAUCUGCACGGUGCGGAAGGUCAAAAAAGUUGAAAGGGCUUUUCGAAGAGAAAGGCCACCCGAGUCCAUUUAGUCGAGUGGUUAGCGAGCUCAACUUUGAAUCGAAAAGUCGGAAGUUCGAUCCCCAUCGGGAAUAUUUGCCGUUUUUAUUCUAAAAAAGCAUUAUUUUUAAUAUGAAUAGAAAAUUUUAUUGUAAAAAACAUUUACUCUUUCUUGAUUUUAUUAUUUUUAAUUAGACAUUUGAAGGAAUUUUUGGAUAAAAUCACUUUUUCCUCAAAAAUUCGACAUCUUUUGUCGAAAAAUUAAUGUAGAAAAUGAUAUGAACCGUUUUCAAAGGGCUAAUCCUCUGAUUUUAGCAGCUUACAUCUUGUCCACGGCGAUGAUGACGCUGGCGUGCGCGCUGCAAGCGAUCAGCACCAUGUUUCCGUACCCGGAAUUCCUGGUGGUGGGCAGGAUUUUGGCCUCAAUGUUCUCUCCAAUGAGCGAUGCUGCCUUUGUCCUUUACAUGCAGGUAGGCGAAUUAUUCUCUAUUUUGAACAUUACACUAGAAAUUUUUUGAAUUUUUCGUUUUGAAAAUUUUUUAUAUUACUUUAUAUUACACUUGAUGUGAAGGUCAAGUAUAAGGUAAUAUUGAUGUCGAAACCCCUUGUUUCGACAUAUUUUGCCAAGUAAUGCCUAUAUAUUGCCAAUUAUUUGCAGGAAAUCUCGCCCACCGGCAUGCGCGGCACGAUGAGCUCGUUCUUCGCCUCCGGCUACGCGGUUAUGGCCCUUCUCGGUGCGGUGUUGGGCAUGGAAUCGGUGCUCGGCCACUCGUUGCCCCUCUUGUUCAGCGUCCCGGUGGCGCCCGGUAUCAUUUCCCUAGUCUUCCUCGCCCUGGUACCCGAAACUCCCAAAUUUUUACAACUCGCCGGUGCCAAAAAGUCGCAUGCCCUGCGGCGAGCUCUCGAAUUUUAUCAGGUAAGGAGUGGAGAGGGAUUUUUGAGGAAAUUGAAAGAAUUUGAGGGGAUUUGGAAGUGAUUUUGAGGGGUUUCGAGGAGAGCUGGACUUUUUUAGAGAUUUUGGACCAAAAAUUACCUUAUUUUAGGUUCAAAAAAAUCUUUGAGAAAAAAUAGGUCCAGAUGGACCAAAAGACCAAGUGGACUCUAAUUUGGCUUGUUUCCCCUCCGGGCAUACCGAUUUUUUCGACGAAAUUUCGAUUUUUUUUCCAUUUUUCUGGUAAUUUUUGCUUUUGAAAUUAGCCAUUUUGAAGUGGUCCCCUCUUGCCAUAGCCUGAAAAUCAGAUUUUUUGCAAGAUUACUCCCCAUGGUUUCAGGGCCCAGCCAUGGACACCUCCUUCUACAAGCCGCUGGCGGACAACGGGCACUCGAAACAGGAGGGCCUCAUGACCGAGCGCUCGUUUUGGGACCUGUGGAAACGCCGCGAACUGCGACGUGCCAUCUUCCUCACGUUCGCAGUCUUUGCCCUAGCUCUCCCCUUUUACCCAAUCCUCCAAAGCUCCACGCAUUUCAUGAAGGAGGUGGGAAUUAAGGCGGACAUUGCCGAGUUCUCCUCCACCGGCCUCAUGAUCAUGUUUGUGAUCGCGAGUGCGAUCGGAACCGCCCUCAUGUCGCAUGUUUCCCGACGCCGAUUGAUCCUCUGGAGCGGGUUCUUCUCGAUUCUGUCCAUGCUGACCUUUGUGAUUGCCGCCAGGUUCAGUCAGACCGGCCUGGUCAUGAAGUACAUUGCCAUGAUGGGAUUUUAUGCUUAUACUCUGUGUUAUGGGUAAGUUGGAGGGGAUUUUGGAGUGGAAAUGGGGCAAGAGGAAGUCAUAGAGGCUUGGAGUGGGUAUCUGGAAUUAAAAAGAGGAUUUUUAGAUGUUUUUGAGACUAAUCUUGAUUUGGUCAUUGAUGCAUAAAACAAUAUAAAAUUAGUAUUUGUUUUUGAUGAAAAUAGUAUCAUUAGUAAGCUUAGAGUGUGAUUAGUUUUUUCUGACAAUGUGAAAUUGAUUUUGAGAAGAUUUGGGAGAGAAAUUUUAUAUUGUUUUAGGUGGUCUUCAAAAAACGUGAAGGAAAGUCGGAGGCUAUAACUUCCGGCGGAGGCGGCACUGAGACUUCGUAUUUGGAAUAUGUAUUUUUAAGCGGCAUUAAUUUUUGUCUAUGAAAUGACAAGAUUUUAAAGUGCAAACUGAGGUCGCCGCGAUCUUCUGAAGUAGGGGCAUUUCUAUCGGUUGAAAAUGAGUUUGCACUUUGAAAUCUUGUUAUUUCGUAGGCAAAAAUUGAUUAAUUAACGUCGCUUAAAAAUACAUAUUCCAAGUACGAAGUCUCAGCGCCGCCUCCGCCGGAAGUUAUAGCCUCCGACUUUCCUUCAUGUUUUUUGAAGACCACCUAAAACAAUAUAAAAUUUGUCCCCCAAAUCUUCUCAAAAUCAAUUUCACAUUGUUAGAAAUAACUAAUCACACUCUAAACUUACUAACUACUAUUUUCAUCAAAAACGAACACUAAUUUUAUAUUGUUUUACCCAUCAAUGACCAAAUCAAGAUUAGUCUCAAAAACAUCCAAAAAUCCUCUUUUUAGUUCCAGAUACCCACUCCAAGCCUCUAUCACUUCCUCUUGCCUCAUUUCCAAUCCAAAAAUCAUGUACUAGGUGGUCUACUACAAUAUAAAAAAUUAUUAAAAUCAUGGUUAUUUUUGACUAAAUUGUCUCGAAUUUCAGCCUCGGCUUCGGCACGGUCUCCUACUUUAUUGGCACGGAGUUCUGCGACAUUGAGUACCGGUCGACGGUGUUCUCGGUCUGCUAUUCCCUGAACAAUAUUUUCAUUGUCCUCACGAAUAUGCAGGCGAUUUGGGCCUUCAAAAAGUUCGGACCGAUGGCCUUCCUCCCCCUGUUUGGAAUCCCAUGUGUCACUGCCCUCAUCUACUUGUAUUUCCGGCUCCCGGAGACCCGGAACCGAGACAUUGAGGACAUUGUGGAGGAGCUCAGAUCUAACAGAUGUGGCCUCCGUUCGGCUGCAUUGCUGAGCGCUGAUCACUCCAAAGUGGCGCCAGUUUUCAGCCAGGUGGAAGAGCUGGAUGUGACCGCCAUCCAGGCACAGGAUACCCCCAAGAAAUUGAACACUUCCGAGGAGAGUCUGGCCUCCUGA